CCGGGUGGUCGCGGCCGCGACCUGUCCGGCCGGCUUGUCCGAGCCACCGCGGGACCAGGGGCUACCGGGGUCCGCGCGGGCCGGCUAGGGCCGGAGACUGAGGAGAACCUGACCCGAACCCACCGAGAUCGAGGGUAGCCGCCCACAGCCUUCGGAGCUGGCGCUGGGAGGCGAGGGCAUUGAUGAUGACUGGACCCACCAGUACAUGGCGGCGAGAGCAGGGGCCCCAAGCUGAGUGACGUGGACAGGACCUGAUGCUCCCAAGACCACGAGGUCCAGUCGAGAAGAUGUGACAACAGGCAGUGGCUCAGGAAGCGGGCAUGGAAGGACUCUCUCCCGAGGCCGCCCCCCGGGGCUCCGAGGCGGGAGAAACCUGGAAACAAGAGGGUCAGGGCAGGGACCGGCAGGAAAGCCAGGUAGGCUGCGUGAAGCAAGCGGCCGUGGCCCCCGGGGAAGACCCCGCCGGGGGUGGUGUGCGGGCGCAGGACGGACGCGGCGGGAUCCCGGGAAGCGGAUCCAGCCCUCCCCGGACCCAAGCCGACAGCAGGCCCCCGAGGCGCGGGGCGCCGAGAAAGAACUCAAAGCAGAAGGCGGCCGACCCGGGGGAGGAGGAGCGAGCGGGCGGCCCCAGGAAGCCGUGGAAGUGUGGGGACUGCGGCAAGGCCUUCAGCUACUGCUCGGCAUUCACCCUGCACCAAAGAACGCACACCGGCGAGAAGCCGUUCGCGUGCGCCGACUGCGGCAAGGCCUUCAGCCAGAGCGUGCACCUGACGCUGCACCGGCGCACGCACACGGGCGAGCGGCCCUACGCGUGCCCCGAGUGCGGCAAGGCCUUCAGCCAGGGCUCCUACCUGGCGUCGCACUGGCGCACGCACACGGGCGAGCGGCCGCACCGCUGCGCCGACUGCGGCAAGGCCUUCGCGCGCCCCACGCACCUGGCGCAGCACCGGCGCGUGCACACGGGCGAGCGGCCGUACGCGUGCCCCGAGUGCGGCAAGGCCUUCCGCAACCGCUCGUCCUUGCUGGAGCACCAGCGCAUCCACACGGGCGAGAAGCCGUACGCGUGCGCGCAGUGCGACAAGGCCUUCCGCUUCUCCUCGGCGCUCAUCCGCCACCAGCGCACCCACACUGCCGAGCGGCCGUACGCCUGCGGCCAGUGCGCCAAGGCCUUCACGCAGAUCGCGCACCUGACGCAGCACCGGCGCGUGCACACGGGCGAGAAGCCCUACACCUGCCCCGAGUGCGGCGCGCCCUUCAGCCAGAGCGCCUCGCUCGCCGAGCACCGGCGCAUCCACACGGGCGAGAAGCCGUACGCGUGCGCGCAGUGUGGCAAGGCCUUCACGCAGGUGUCGCACCUGAGCCAGCACCAGCGCGUGCACACGGGCGAGCGGCCCUACGCGUGCCAGGACUGCGGCCGCGCGUUCAGCAACCGCUCGCACCUCGUGCAGCACCACCUCGUGCACACGGGCGCCAAGCCCUACAAGUGCCUGGAGUGCGGGGUGGCCUUCAGCCACGUGUCCUCCCUCAUCGAGCAUCAGAAGAUCCACACGGGCGAGAAGCCCUACAGGUGCGGGGAGUGCGGCAAGGCCUUCAGCCAGGGCUCCUCGCUCACGCUGCACCAGCGGACGCACACGGGCGAGCGGCCCUACGCGUGCCACGAGUGCGGCAAGGCCUUCAGCAACCGCUCCUACCUGAUCCAGCACCACAUCGUGCACACCGGGGAGAAGCCCUUCGAGUGCAGCGGCUGUGGCAAGGCCUUCAGCUUCUCCUCCGCGCUCAUCCGACACCAGCGAACGCACGCCGACAAGAGGCCCUACUCGUGCAGCCGGUGCGGCGACACCUUCACGCAGCUGCAGCACCUGACGCGACACCUGGGCUCCCACCGGGAGGAGAAGCCGGUAGGCAGCAGCGAGCCUGCAGACUUGGCCCCCGGCCUGCGGGAGGAUGAGAGCUGACGUUCAACAGGGAAGUCUUCCGUAGCCGGGCAGCGCGCCGAGCGCUUUCACACCUCACUUCUUGCCUCGCGGCGCUAAGGGGAGAGCCCCUGGCCUCCCGGUGCUGCCCGCGAAGAACCCACGGCUCAGAGAAGCUCGGUGACGCGCCCAGGGUCCCACGGGGAGGAAGUCCCCGGGCCGGGACUCGACCCCACGUCUGCCAGACUGCACGCCCCCCUCCCCCCCCCCACACACACACCCUCUGCCUCCCGGUGCAGAAUUAUAAAUGUGACCCACAACAGUAGACCCAAAGAAGUGUCUGUGCGUCUCUAGCGAGCCUUUUAAUGGUUGAAGGUUUUAUGACAGUAGGUAUUUGUUCAAUAAAUUUAAUCGGAUAAAAGGUUCGGCUCCUUUGGUGAAGUGGGUAUAUUGACUAAGGGAGCGAGGCCUGAAGGAGAAGCGUAGCUUCUUAGGACUGAAACAGUGCUUCCCAAAUUAGAACGAGCCAGAGAAAUGCAGAGAAGGACGAGUUCGAGAAGACACUUGCCUCUCCCCUGACAGACCUGCAAAGGGAGAUUUUGAGAGUGGACCCCGGCCUUUUUCAGUGUGAGGACACACUUUUCCCCUGCUCCAGCUUUCUCCCCCCACCCCCAAAUCCUGCCUUUAGUGGUCGUGUCAGCUUUUGCUGUGCAACAGUCAUCCAGAGCGCAGUUGUCUGUUCAAUAUUUCCCACGGUGGGUGUUUCUCUUGGUCUGGACCAGGCCCAGGUGAUCUUGGCUAGACUCAGUUAUGCACCUGUGGUCAGCUGAGGUUCGGGUGCGGGCUGGCUGUCCCAGGACUGCUCAGCUGGGCCGACUUCACUGUCUUCCUCAAGACUCGCAUCUAACCUGGGUAUGCGCUCACAGCAGUAGCAGGAGUUUGGGAAAGUGGACCCACCCAAGCACAGUCUCAAGCCUC